AAGAGGCUGACCUGAAUCCCUGGACGAAAAACUGAGUCGAAUGACAACAAUUGAACAGAAAGUACAAGCUAUGCAGCCACGGCUACACGUAUCUUUCUUCCAGUCAACGCUGUAAACCUUUAGUUAUAUAGUGAAUGUCAGUCGUUUGAUUAUUCCAAAGUAUAGUAUUUAUUUCUGAGGUUACUUUUGCCAGCUAGCUUCUAUGUCUAGCGAGCGAUACCUCAAAGCGCCAGAAUUUUGUCGAUAGGUUAGCUAGCCUCUGGCCUGCGUACAGAGUUGGCUAGCAAGGUAGAAAGAAGAGGGAGGCGUUAGCUGUUUGCCUAUUAGCCGUUGACUUCGCCGUUCACCGAGCUUGUUAGCUGUCAGCUGAUGAAUGGAUAGCACUGUAACGUUAGCCGUGCUGGUUAAACUGACGUGAACUGGUCAGGCCCCGUCUCAGUAACGUUACUUUUUCUGCUUCAGCAUCUGAAAGACUCUGCUGGACUGACCCGGAGUGUUUGUGUUCUUUCUGGGAAGCGGUUGCCAUAGAGACAGUCAGGGCGUGCUGUGGGGGCGAGUCAGAGGAAUGAGUCAUGACCUCGGUGGUGGUCGUCGAUGGAGGAGGGGCUGUUCUGGAAUACAUCUCUGAUGCGGAGGUGGUGUCCCAGGAGGUGGCGCUGGAUGCAGAGGGGGGCGUGUGUGAGAUAAAGAGGGAGGAGGAGGAGGAAGAAGAAGAGAUGACUGAGGAAGAGUGCCCAGCUGUCGUGGUGGAACAGGUGCCCUGCGCCGAGUUGGAGCAGUGCUAUGCCGCACAGGUGGUCGUCUAUGAUGACGAAACCUACCUGAUGCAGGGCGUGGCUGAAGAGCAGGAGGUGGAGACUGAAGUCCUGGAAGUGUCCUCAGUGGAGGCAUCAGCUCAUGGAGGAGGAGGUGGAUACGUGACACUGGAUAAGACCAUUGAAGCCGCAGAGGCCUUGCUACACAUGGACUCACCGUCCAGCAUGAGGGAGGACCGUAGUCCUGUGCCAGACAUGUUGGGUGAGAUGGAGGUGGAGGUGGAGGUGAGCACUGAGAACACGGAGCCCAUUGAGCCCCUGGAGGAGCAGCUCACGCUGGAGGGAGACAUCCAGAGGGGCAAGAAAGGCAGGAAGCGGAAAGCCGCACACACACCACAGGCUGAACGCGAGGAGUCUCCUGACCUGACCUUUAAGAAGAAGCCCCGUGUGGGGAAAAACAGCACCUAUUUGUGGGAGUUUCUGCUGGACCUUCUGCAGGACAGGAACACCUGCCCUAAAUACAUCAAGUGGACCCAGCGGGAGAAGGGCAUCUUUAAGCUGGUCGACUCCAAAGCUGUGUCCAAACUCUGGGGCAAAUACAAGAACAAGCCUGACAUGAACUAUGAGACCAUGGGCCGAGCCCUCAGAUAUUAUUACCAGCGCGGCAUUCUGUCAAAAGUGGAGGGACAGCGCUUGGUGUAUCAGUUUAACGACAUGCCCAAGAACAUCGUCUUCAUCGACGACGACAAGAGCGACGUGCCGGCCACCCCCCAGACGCCGUGUGAGCGCGUGACCCCCACCACACCGACGUCUCCCAGCAUCCUCCGGGGUGGCCGCUUGUCCGCUCAGGUCAAAGUGCAGUCUCCCACCGCGGCCCCUGCGCCCGCCAAACCCACUCAGAUGCUCCGCAUCGUCAACGUGUCGUCGGGUUCUGAGGCCUUUGUCACCUUGCAGGGCGCCUGCCCUGUCACCACAGCAACGGCCCCGAGGACUGUGCAGGUCCCCUUGAUGAUGACUACAUCACUGGGCCAGAAGUUCUCCACGGUAACGGCCCUGAACCAGCACGGCUCACCGCUGCUCACGACCACCGCCCCGACCAUGGUCACGUCCAGUGGCGGUGGGCAGAAGGUGUACCAGAUCCAGGCGCUGCCCACCAUGGUGCCGGCCACGGGCGAGAACGGCCAGAAGAUCACGGUGCAGCUGGCCAAGCUCAUCACCAUCCCCGCCUCCCAACUUGCCCAGUAUCAGCCUCAGCAGCAGCCCAAGGUCACGACGACGGGCGCCAGCGGCCAGGGCAUCAGCCUGAUGGGAUCGCCGCUCACCCUCCGCACCAUCACGCCCGUCUCCAUGCCAACCACGACCGUGUCCUCUCCCGCCGCCACGCAGGUACUGAGACUCAUCACCCAGCAGCCUGCCGCUCCUACCCCUGCUCUUGCCCCUGCUCUUGCCCCUACCCCUGCCCCUGCUCUUGCCCCUACCCCUGCCCCUGCUCUUGCCCCUGCUCUUGCCCCUACCCCUGCCCCUGCUCAUGCUCUUGCCCCUGCCCCUGCCCCAGCCCCUGCCGCUGUCCCUUCCCCAGCCCCUGUACCUGCCAACACUGUUGUUGUGGCGCCGCAGGAGAGUGCCGUACCAGUGGUGGCAACGUCAGAGAAUGACGUCACCAUCAUCAAGGUGGAGGCAGAGGAAGACAGCGCCACACAGGUGGUCACAGACGUAACGACUUCCUCUGAUAGCUGAGACCGUGUCUGUCUCUCUCUCUCUCUCUCACACACACACACACACGCACGCACACGCACACAUAGAACACAUUCGCUUUCAAAAACACAUUUCAGUUGUGUGUUGAAUUUGCGAUGGGGAGGUCUUCCCUCAAAGCAAUGUAAGAGGAAUUCUUGCUGUGGCCUGACUGGUAUAAGAAAUGUAUUAGUUUUCUUCAUGGCCAGUCUCGUAUACAAACUCAAACUCAUACACUUCUUUCAGUCAUAGCGACUCUAAAGAUCAGAUAAGGAAGCCCCCCGCAAAAGGAUAUGUGAUAUAGGAAUUAACAAAAUUGUCAUGGACAAUAAUAAUAAUAAAAAAAAAUGCAUAGGAGUUGAGGGGAAAACCUGUUUGUGGGUAAGAUGAGCAGAUCAGUGAUUCCACACAUUCACACUAACACCGGCAACACUACAGCACACUCACUCAUACAGAGCAGCGAUGGCAGAGAUGGUUGAAUCAGGCUUUAACUUACCAUUGGCAGUGAAAUCGAAAUAUAUAAAUUCAUGGUUAAAAGUAUUAUUGAGACAAUAAUACCACCAACACAUCCUGACUUGCACUAAAAUGGAAAUAUAACUCGGCCAAGCUCUGGAGGAGUGUCGUUUUUGUUUUUUUUUCUUCAAUUAAAGUACUCAAAGCGUCUGAAGACUCACCUCGUCAGUCACUGUGCGAACGCGAGAACCAAUCAUCUGGUGCUACUACCCGGAGACGGGCGUUGGGGUGGGGGUACCCCACCAACACCCCUCUGCUCUGCUUGGACUUGGGGCAUAAAGGGACUUUGUACAUACUGUCAAUACAGAGUAGGAGAAUCCUUCAAGGAAAACAGGCAGCCUUAGAUAAGGAUGAAAUGAAUUAAAAAAAAAUGCUCCCCUUUCCCUAUUUGUAUUGUUCAAGCUGAAUGAUAUUUACUUUUUUUUUUCCAAACUCUGUUUUGAUAUUUUAUACCAGGAACAGUGUUACUCUAGGUCUGAAGCAAAGUUUAUCGUCAUGGCCUCUCGGCCGAUCACAUACUCAAAUCAUUUUAAUGUUUCUUUUUUUUUUUUUUGGUCUUUUUCUCCGCCCUCUGUUAAUAUUCUGUUUACUGGAUGCAGUAAUUGCCUGUAAUGUUUCUUAUUUUAUUUCUUUUGUAAGUCCACCACUCUGUUCUCUGACAUUUCUAGCUGUAUAAAGGAGGAUAUAAGGGAGAACGGGGCAGGGGGGGUGGGGGGGGCAUACUUGCAUUGACUUAACUAGAUUGUAUUUUCAACAUUUGAAGCAUAUUCUAUUUUGUUGUACUCUUAUCCAAGUGUAUCCAAGUAGAUUUUACUGAGCAGUACAGUAAAGAGCACAGAAAACAUG